GACCGCGAGUUCCGGUCAUUCUGCUUCACGACCACAACGCAAAUGAGGAUCAUGUCGACUCUGUCGAAACCUGGAGUCAAAGACCUACCAGUGCCCUUGAAUACUGAGCAAGCACUCGUCCAUGCCGCAGCUCGUAUAUUUUCCCAGGCACCCUUCCGGGAUAAAACGUCUACGCGAUGGUCACCUGAACUAUAUUAGAACCCUCGUCCCGGAUAGAUAUAGUUCCCUCUCCCAGGGGCGCCAGGAAAAGGAGAUGAUCGGCACGCGCUAUAAAAUCACUGCCCAAUUUUCAUUUUCCCCACACUGAACCCACACGAAUACCCCACAUUCUACAUGGCGCCGAAGAUGGAUCAAGAAUGGCACGAGGAGACAUCGCAGUUCACCUAUGUAGCCGACAGUGAUGCCGAGAAGAGACUCGUGCGCAAGAUUGAUAUGAGAAUUGUGCCAACUGUGUGGGUUCUGUAUACCCUCUCGUAUCUGGAUCGUGCGAACAUCGGUAACGCGAAAGUCGGAGGUUUGGAAACCGCUUUGGGACUCACGUCUAAUCAAUACUCCGUCGUCCUGCUGCUGUUCUUUGUUUCCUACGUGAUCUUCGAAAUACCAGCCAACAUGAUCCUCACCCGCGUCCGUCCAUCGGUCUACCUAUCCGUGCUGUGCUUUUUAUGGGGUGGUGUCGCAUCGUGUAUGGCUGCUAUCAAGGACUGGCAACAACUAGCUGGCGUGCGUUUUUGCUUGGGCGUCAUUGAGGCCGGUUUCGCUCCCGGUGUCGCGUUCUAUCUGUCAUCGUGGUACAAGCGCCAUGAACUCGCAAAGCGUUAUUCUAUCUACUAUACUGCUACGGCUGUCUCGGGCGCUUUCUCUGGACUCCUCGCUGGCGUCAUCACUGACAACCUUGCCAUCACUCGUGGUAUAGAAGGAUGGCAAUGGCUUUUCUUGAUUGAGGGUCUAGGCUCGUGCUUUGUGGCGCUCUUUACCUGGAUGAUCCUUCCCGAUUGGCCGACAACGACAAAAUGGCUGACUGCUGAGGAAAAGUUCAUUGCUGUUCAACGCCUCAAGCACGAUGGCAUCGGUAGCGUAGCCGUAGGUGACGAACCCACGCACAAGGAGUGCCUCAAAACGGCGUUGACGGACUGGCGCACUUGGUAUCUUUCCGUUAUGUACAUGCUCGCAACCGGCUCGCAAACCAUUCAAUACUUCAUCCCCACCCUCGUUGGCCAGCUCGGCUAUACCGGCGUGUCCAAGCAGUACAUGACCAUCCCCAUCUACAUGGUUGCCCUCGUGUGCAUCUUGACGUUCUGCUUCCUCAGCGAUAUCAAAAAGGAGCGAGGCAACUUUGUCAGCUUCACGUCGUUGAUUGCUGGGAUCAGUUUUAUCAUUGUUGUUGCGGUCAAUGCUAAGAAGGUCAAGUAUGCGUUCCUAUGCUUCGCUGUGGGAGGCGUGUAUGCGGCUUGUCCUUUGACGUUGUUGUGGGUGUCUGGUGUUAUCGACCACCCUGCGGAAAAACGUGCGGUUGCCAUCGCAUUGGUGAACGGUCUUGGAAACUCCGCGUCUAUCUAUGGUUCCUUCCUCUGGCCUUCUACGACGGGUCCGCGUUAUGUUCAAGGUUUCGCUACUACGACCGCCUUCAUCCUCACGCUCUGCAUCAUGGCUCAGGUGUUCAAGGUUCUCUUGAGGAAAUAUCCGGCGCAGGGCCUGAACGACGCGGAACCUCGCAGAGUCGUCGACGAGAAGCAGAGUGAUGUCGCGAGCGUCUGAAUGAUUUCAAUGAUAGCACAGAAUUUUAUGAGUUGAUUUUGAUAAACUUGGUAGUAUUGAAGAAGAAUGUUGUUGUUGAGGUUGUCAAUGACUGAAGGAUUGUUGAGCAGUUGUAGGGCAAGCUGCAAAUACUAAACGGAACCUCAGCAAGAGUAAUGUCUCCCCACGAAAUAUGAGUCCCUCACUGUUGUUCCUCCUUGUUAACGAGAUAAAUGUUCCAAUUGCAAUUUAAUUUUCUGGUGCGACCACGUGAGCGACGCGUAGCCCUGAAGCGUCAUUUACGACGUUCAUGUUCAGG